CAAGAUUUUGACAUUUGACUUUAUCUUUAAGUUCUCUGAUCCUACAAGUUUAGUGUAGUUUACAUCCAAGGUUCCUAUAGUUUAUUCUAGCCAACAAAUAUAACAGACCCUUGGGAUUUUUUUUUGUAUAAAUCUCUAAACUCAUUUCCUAACACAUUCACCAAGAGCAAAGGUUCAUAGAGGAGAGCUGCUGUUAACUGAUGCGUCUAAUGUUGGUAUUCAGCCCAAGGCUGCUGGAUUGAGUGCUGCAUUACUGGAAGUAGAGUAGACGUCAGGAAGGGGGCGGUCAGGGAGUAAGGCAAGUCCCCUCACCACCAGCUUAGAAAAAACACAAUUUUCUCCAUCAUUAUUACCAAUAGGGACCAUAGCUGAUAGUCUUACCUGAGAGACAGAGAGCCUCAGUCACCAACGAUCUCACCUGGAUGAUGUCAUCGGCAGUUGAAACCACAUCAGGUGGCCUGGUGGUCACCCAGGUGUUCCCGUCUAAUCAACCCCAACCCCAGGAGGCUCAGCAGGCGGAUCCGAGGACGCACAGGUUCAUCCAGACAUACCCGCUGGCUGUCGGAAUGGUUCAGAUCAUGAUUGGCGUCUUGGUCCUCUUGUCCGGUAUUGUCAUGGCGGUACCGGGGAUCAGUUUAGGAGUGUACAGCGGUUUCUUUGUGUGGGGUGCCGGCUUUUACAUCGCCUCCGGUGCGCUCACAGUGGCUGCUGGGAAAUCUCUCAGUCGCUGUCUGGUCAACACUGCUUUGGGUUUCAACGUGGUUUCCUCUGUAGCAGCAGUUUCCGCCAUUGUCCUGUACUGUCUUGAUGUCAUAUUAGGAGGUGCUCUCUAUCCACGUUGGGAACUCAUGGUUCUGAUUUCAGGUUUUUCAGGGGUCCUGUUUGUGUUCCAUAUCUUGGAGUUUGCUGUUUCCCUCACCGUCUCUAUCUUUGCCUGUAGAGCUACCUGUAACUGCUGUGACAACCAGCAACAUCCGUACGUCUACUACACGCCUGCCCAGGCUCCACCACAUACUGGACCUGCCACCAUGGCUGUACCACCACAACAGAUUCCCAGCUUUCCAAAACCUGCAGCGGACCAGGACCAGAUUCUCCAUGGGCUCAAUGAACCUCCGGCCUACACAGGCUGAAGAAAAGACCUGCUUUAAAGUAAAACCACAUGAUAACAACAUGCAAUGAACACAGCCAUAGAGAGUUACCAUCCUGUCAUUCAUUUAAACAUAAUGUUAAGAAAUGGUUGACUGAGAACCAACAAUGUCAACACUGAUGCUGUGGCUAACCAUGCUAACAUCAACUGUACCAUUGCUAUUGUGACGUAAUUAUAGUUUUUGUGAAUCAUGCUCUAAAUGUUCAUAUUAUCAUUAUUAGUUACUUUACUGCUGCAUGCUAUGUUUUAUUCUAUGAUGCCCCAUAACAAUGGCAAAGGGACUGCAGAUGAAAACUAGCCUCUAGGCCAGGGGUGUCAAACUCAAGGCCUGGGGGCCAAAUCCGGCCGUGGAAUGAUUAUAUCCAGCCCACAAGAUCAUAUCAUAUUUGUAUUCUAAUUGGCCCACCAGUAUGACGUCUGCAGAUUUCCUCCAGCAUAAGUUGUUAAGCCAUAAAAAUCUGAAAAAGUAAAGUGUCAGAAAGAUUUCAUAUAAAGUCAAGAAUGUAGGGAAAGGAAUUAAUUUUUUUUUUUUUUUCACAUUUUUAAGUUUUCAUCUCAAGAUAACGA